AUCUCCUUGAUAUAGUGAAACUGGCUCUCUCUCGCCCGUGGACGUAACUAACACACAUCGUGUUAGUGAACCACGUAAAUCGUGUGUCUGUGUUUUUCAAUUCUCGCUUGCGUAUUCUUGUUUUAUCGAUUCCGACAAUUUCCCGAUCCGUAGCAGCGCGUUUAUAACCCUACCCAUUUACAAACACAUUUGUUGAUCAAAAGAGAAGUCAUCUCUCUUUCUACUAGCGCCUUAUUGCGAUAUAUAUACAUAUCCCACAAGGAUUGAGGAAAUAUCAGAAAACAACUUAGUAGUUAAUUAGACGCUGGUAAAAGAAGAAACGGGAAGCAAGCAAAUCGUCCCAUCAUGGCCAAAUUCCGGUUCCAUAUCCUCUACUUAUUCCUAACCGCGGCUACGACGGCGUCGUUUGAAGUCCCCAGGCUGACCAUGUACGACCCUCGGUACGAUUCGCACCAUCUCGCCGGCGGCCAAACAUUGGCCUUACCGGCGGCCACGGAAGAUUUCGAGUCCCAUUUCUACAACCAAACGCUGGACCACUUCAACUACCGGCCGGAGAGCUACGUCACUUUCCGGCAGCGAUACGUCGUCAACUCCAAGCACUGGGCCGGGCCCGGCGCUCCCAUUUUCGUCUAUCUCGGCGCCGAAGCACCCUUGACCCACAAUUCCAAAAGCUUCCUCAUUGACAUCGUCGCACCAAGCUUCAAUGCGCUCUUGCUGUACAUUGAGCAUCGAUACUACGGAGAAUCCAUCCCAUUCGGAUCGAGGGAAGAAGCGUUCAGGAAUUCGAGCACGCUUGGGUACAUGAGCUCUCAGCAAGCUAUUGCGGACUACGCAGAGAUCAUCCUUAACGUAAAGGAGCAGUUCAACACCGACAAUUCACCGGUGGUCGUUGUCGGAGGAUCCUACGGAGGAAUGCUGGCGACGUGGUUCCGAUUGAAGUACCCGCAUCUAGCUAUUGGAGCAUUGGCUUCAUCGGCUCCAAUUCUUUACUUCGACGAUAUUACUCCACAGGAUGCAUAUUACAAUGUCGUCACCAAAGAUUUCAGGGAGGCUAGCGAGACGUGCUAUCAGACAAUAAAGGAAUCGUGGGCAGAAAUAGACGAAACCGCUUCUAAACUAGAUGGUCUUUCUACUCUUGGUAAAAAAUUCAGGACUUGCGCGCCGUUGAAGAAUUCGACAUAUCUGACGAACAGUUUGGGUGGGCUGUACGCUAGAGCGGCCCAAUAUAAUGCGCCACCAAGUUAUCCAGUGACCCAGAUAUGCACCGCAAUAGAUGGAUCCGGGCCCGAUAAAAAUACUCUCGACCGCAUAUUUGCUGGGGUCGUUGCUUAUUACGGGGAGAAGCUUUGUUAUAUCAACGAACCAACUCAGCCCUCUGAAACCGACGUCGGAUGGGAAUGGCAGACGUGCAGCGAGUUGGUGAUACCAAUCGGGUUUGGGAAUGACACGAUGUUUUGGUCGGAAGAUGCUUUCAACCUCACCGAAUUUUCACAUGACUGUAAAGAAAAAUACGGCGUCGCACCGCGACCUCAUUGGGUCACCACCUACUAUGGCGGACAUAGCAUAAAAAGGGUGCUUAAGAGAUUCGGAAGUAACAUCAUUUUUUCCAAUGGUCUGAAAGAUCCCUACAGCAGAGGAGGGGUGCUAGAAAACAUAUCGGAUACCAUUCAUGUCGUUUAUACAACAAACGGGUCGCAUUGCUUGGACUUAUACGGAUCAAGUGUAACUGAUCCAAAAUGGUUGACUGUUCAACGUGAAGAAGAGAUCGACAUUAUGCAUGGAUGGCUUACAACUUACUAUAAGGAUCUUCAGGUGGAUUAAUGAAAUUGAUUGCAAGAACUACUGUUAGCUAAAUGUGAUUAUAUUUCAAUGGUUCGCCCCAAUGUACGCAGAGACACUCCAGAAAGAUCGAGUACACAAGAACAAACACCUAUCUAUAUGCAUGACUACUAAACAUUGACAACAUACAAUACAACGAUUUAUAUACUUCAAAAAACAGCAGGACUCAGAGCCUGGUCAGGACACCAAACAGUCUCCUGAUCAGGACAUCCUGACACCGUCCAGAUCGGGCCAUCGCCAAUCCAACGAUCAUAAGCGAACAACUCAUUGACAUAUUCAUACAACACACUAAAAGCAUUUACGUGUGAAUAUGCUUAACACGUCGCUUAUGACUAUGCUAUAACGAGUGUUGUGAAUAUUCAUAACACGUGUAAUGUUCUACAGAGCACAUAUUCUUAAUACUCCUAACACGUUUCGUGAAUACAUUUUUAGUAUCGUGUGAGAAAUUUGUGUUGUUCAUAAUAAAAAUAAUUGAAUUAUAUAUCCAAAAUAUAUUGAAAUGGAUCUUAUUUUACGCAAAAAUAAAUUAAGGACAAUUUCCUUAUCAAAAAGACUAAGGGUCGUUUGGAUGUGGAAAUUUGGAAACGUGGAAAUUUGCUUGAAUUUCCACAUUUUACAAAAGCAAGAAAUUGGUUGUGGAAAUUGAGUGAAAUUCACUACAACAAAUAUAGCCUUUUGUGACCAUUUUCAUUUAACUAAUUUUUUUUUUGGUCGGCGAAAAUUAAUUAUUAAUGACCAAUUAUAUUUUGGUAAUAAAACGUUUGAUGAAUU